AUGUUACUUAUUAUAAUGGCAGCAACAUUAAUUAUUGGCAUAACAAUAUGUUAUUUACGAAGUAUUACAAUAGCUUUAAUGAUUAUUACUGGAACUGCAUUGUCAUUAGGUGUAGGCUGUUUUGUAUAUAAUAUAAUUUAUCGUAUACCAAUAUUUCCAUUUUUGAAUUUAAUGUCUGCGUUUAUAUUAAUUGGUAUUGGUUGUGAUGAUAUAUUUGUAUUUUUUGAUAUAUGGAAUCAAGAAAAAUUAGAAUGGUUAAGAAAAUAUCAAAAUAAAUUAUUAACUGAAAAUGCAAAUAUGUUAGAUGUACCUUUAAAUCAACAAAAAAAUCCAAGCAAAUUAAAAAGAUCAUCUUCUCAUCAUUUAUUUUUAUUUAAACAUUCUAAAGAAAUUCGUAAAGUAUUAUUAAGUGAAGAAGCAUUAAUAGAAAUAAUGUCUAAUACAUUAAAACAUGCUGGUUCAUCAAUGUUUGUUACAUCAUUUACAACAUCAGCUGCUUUUUUUACAAAUAUAUUAACUAAUAUUUCAUUUAUUCAAGUAUUUGGAAUUUUUAUUGGAACAUGUGUUUUAAUUUAUUUUGCUAUUACAUUUACUGCAAUUGCUGCUUUUGCUGUUAUUUAUGAAAAGUAUAUUCAAAAUAUGAUAUCUCAUGUACUUUCAAUGUGUUGUACUGAUUUUGUUAAUAAAUCAGCAAAUAGUGCACCAGCGAAAUUAUAUCAUCGUUUUUCAUUAGCUUGUAGAAAUUUUCGAAAUUAUAUUUUUAGUCAUUUUAUGCCAUUAAUAAUUAUUAAAUUACGUUAUGUAUUAGUAUUAAUUUUUCUUCUUAUGGGUAUUCUAGGUCUUAUUGGUAGCUUUUACUAUCCUAAAUUAAAAGUACCAUCAACACAAAAAACUGCUUUAUUUUUAAAAGAUAAUCCAAUGGAAAUCUAUGAAUUUUCAAUGAAAAAUCAGUUUAAUGGUUAUUUAAAAGAAGAUAAACGUUUAUUUACUUAUCCAGCUAUUUCAUUUGUAUUUGGCAUACGUGAUAUUGAUGAUGGUUAUAUAUUUGAUAUGAAUGAUCGUGGUCGUUUACAUUUAAUGCCAUUAUAUUUAAAUCAACAAAUCACACUUGAAUUUUUUAAAAAUUUUAUUAAACAUUUAGGAACACGAAAAGAUUUAUUUUUGUCAAAUUAUGAUUUAGAAGAAGAUUUUAAAUUAUUUUAUGAGCUUGCUACGGAUGAUAUUUUAAUAGCAAAAAUUAUUAAUGAUCGAGUUAAAUUAAAUGUAUCAAAAACAAAUCAUUUGAAUAUGAUUAAAUAUAUAAGAAAAAUAAAUAAAAAUUUAAUAGAUAAUUUAAUUUCUAAUACAGUACGUACAAUUGAUUAUAAAAUUGAAAAUGAUCAAUCUGAUCAUGAUGGAUAUAUUGAAAAAAAAUUAGAUCAAAUAAAUUUAACUUUAUAUAAAAUAAGUAAUAAACAAUUAAAAAAUCGUUUAAAUCCAAUUAUUAUUUAUUCAAACUAUCGAAAAUCAUUCAAUAGAACAUUAGAAAGAAUUUAUAAAGAACAGAUUCAAAGUAAUUAUGAUGUUAAUGAAACUCGAAUAUCUAUAAAUAAUACACUACGUGAUGCAUUGACAGACGAAUAUCAAUGUUCAGCAUUGAAAACAGCUAUGCAAUGUAUAACAGGUACAGCUGGUGCUGAUAAUAUACCAACAGAUUUUUGUAAUAGAAUACUUACUAAACAACGAUCAUUUAAUUGGGCUGUUUUACCUGAUAAACCGUCAUCAAUCGAUGGAAGUAUUCGACCAUUUGCCGUUUUGAUUACUAUUCGAGGUGCUCAUAAUCGUACCGAUUAUAAUUCAUACAAUAAAUAUUAUAUGAAAGUAAAAAAUUUCUUUGAUCCAUAUAUAAAACAACAUGCACCAGAACAUCUGAAGCAUGCUUGGUUUUCUUCAUCAAAUUUUGCAUUUUAUGGUGUUCAACGUGAAUUACUUUCUGGCUCCUCUUCUUCUCUUCUUGUAUCAUUGGGUAUUGCCUUAGUGGUAUUGUUUCUUACAUCAGGCAAUUUAUUUAUUGCAAUAUAUGCAUUAAUUACUAUUACUUUUGCUAUUGGUAAGCAUCCUUUAUUUUCCUAUGACAUAUUCUUUAAAUGA